GCUGUAUCGUAUCAGUCUGUUCCGUUUUUUAAGUUUAACAAUGAAGGUUAAUAAUCGUCAAUUGCUAUUAAUCAGCUUUGAAGAAGCUGAUUUUGAGGGCAGACUUCACUACAAAAAAGUGUCUAUGUUUUGGAGUAAUGAUAAAGGAUUUAAAGAGCGGUGGUUCAAACUCAAGCACAACAUGUUGUUUUAUUUUAAAAUGAACGAGACAUUUCCGAUGCUUAAGGAGCCUGCUGGUGUCUUUAUUCUCGAAAAUUACAAUGUGCAAUAUGAAGAAAAUGGCGAAGUUCCUUUUUCUUUUUCUAUCACUUUUAACUACGAGCCCGAUGUUAAAUAUUUGUUUUCUGCUCGAUCUGAUGAUGUUGUAUUUUCUUGGAUAUCUAUACUGAGAAGUUCUUCGUUUGGAUAUUUGAAGGAAAAAAUGCACAACCUUCAAAAACAAAUACAUGAAAAGACUGAAACAGAUGAAAAGAUGACUCGCAAAACAGGAAGACAGGAGGAAAGAGUUUUCAAUUUUUCCAAUGUAAAUCUUCAGAUAGAAAAUUUAAAUUUUAAUAAUGAAAAGACUGACAGUAGAAAGAAAAAUGAAAAUGUUGAUAUUAAUUAUAGUUUACCAAAAACCAAGGUUGGUGACGAUGCUACUAAAAGUGAAGUAGAUCUUAUAUUAUUGUAAAAGUUUUAAUUUGAGUUAAUCAAAUUGUUCUUCACAUUGUGGUCCAUUGUUCCUGUUCACUGAAAAUUUAAAUUGUUGUGUAAUUUAAUUUAUUUUUAUGAAGUUAGUUCGGACGACAUUGUUUCGUUCAGAUUAUUGAUGAUUAUUUUUGAGAUUUCUCAAAAUAAGUGUUAUUUUCUAUCUA